AUGUACAUGGCUGCAACAGCUCACGGCUGCCUGCUCUCCCGCCUUAGCUCUCCUGGUGCAAUGGAGGACGCGUCAAGCCAGAAGUCCAGACAGAGCCAGGACGCGCUGGGCUGCCCAGCGCCAGAAGAGACUCCUGCCAAUUUCAUACACGUUCAGCUGGAGGAGUACGAGCCCGCAGACUUCCAUGCCAAGGAACUCAUCCUAAAGAAAGCCAGAGAGGUCUGCACAUGCACUCGUCAGACCGUCGUCACCUUCUUCUGUCGGCUGUUCCCAGUGCUGGACUGGCUUCCCCAUUACAAUGUCAAGACGCAGUUGCUUGGGGAUGUCAUAUCGGGGCUCCUGGUGGGGAUAGUUGCCAUCCCUCAGUCCAUCUCCUACUCCCUGUUGGCCAACCAGGAUCCCAUCUACGGAAUCUACACCAACUUCUUUUGCAGUAUCAUCUAUGUUGCUAUGGCCACUUCGCGCCAUAACUUCGUGGGCUCCUUUGGCAUCCUCUGCCUGAUGAUCGGGCAGUCUGUGAACCGGCACCUCCAGCUAGCAGGGUAUGGCGAUGGCAGCACUGGCUCUGUGCUGGUGGGCAACUCCACCUCCUCCAGUAACGGGACGGGUGCCUGUGACAGGAGCUGCUACGCCAUCACCGUGGCCCUUUCCUUAAGCUUUCUGGUCGGUCUUUACCAGAUCCUGCUGGGGGUUUUGCAGCUGGGCUUUGUGGCCGUCUACCUGUCAGAACCUCUCCUCAGUGGCUUUGUGACCGGCUCCAGCCUCACCAUUAUCACCUCCCAGAUGAAGUAUCUCCUGGGGCUGAAUAUCCCUCGUCACGAAGGGGUGGGGUCCUUCAUCCUGACGUGGGUUGACCUUUUCAGACACAUCCAGAACACCAACAUCUGUGACCUGGUCACCAGCCUGGUUGCUCUGGCCGUCAUAGUGCCUGUCAAAGAGAUCAAUGACCGUUACAAAGAGAAGAUGAAGGCCCCGUUCCCCGUAGAGCUGCUGGUGGUCAUUAUAGCCACAGUAAUAUCUUACUACUUCAGCUUUGAAGAGCGAUACAAGUCUGCUGUUUGCGGGGACAUCCCCACCGGUUUCAGGAAACCCACUCUGCCAGAUACAAACCUGUUUUCCAGCCUGGCCGUUGACGCUCUGCCCAUUGCCGUUAUCGGCUUUGCCAUGACCGUCUCCCUGGCAGAAAUCUUUGGCAAAAAGCAUGGCUACACUGUCCGUGCCAACCAAGAGAUGAUUGCCAUUGGUAUGUGCAACCUGAUCCCUUCUUUCUUCUACUGCUUCGCCAGCUCCGCGGCCCUGACCAAGACUCUGCUGAAGGAGUCCACAGGGACCCAGACCCAGCUCUCCGGCCUGGUCACCUCCCUGGUGCUGUUGCUGGUGCUGCUGUGGAUCGCCCCGCUCUUCUACUCGCUGCAGACCUCCAUCCUGGGGGUGGUCACCAUUGUCAACCUGCGGGGGGGCCUGAGGAAGUUCCGUGACACCCCCCGCAUGUGGCAGCUCAGCAAGCUGGACACGGUGGUGUGGUGGACGACCAUGCUGUCCUCCACGCUGGUCACCACAGAGAUCGGGCUCCUCGUGGGUGUCUGCUUCGCUCUGCUCUGCAUCAUCUUCCGCACGCAGAGACCCCGGGCCAUGCUUCUCGGCAAGGUCAGCAACACGGAAAUUUAUGAGGACCAGUCCGCUUACAAGCAGCUCAGCAGUAUUGCCAACAUCAAAAUCUUCCGCUUUGAGUCGUCCCUCUACUACGCCAACAAGGAUUAUUUCAAGACUGUUCUCUACCAGAAAACCGGGGUGAAUCCUGCGCUGCUGGCUGCGAAGCAUCCAAGGCCUGCCAGGAGAAGGGCUGAGCAGCCUCCGGCAGACACCCGUCCUCAGCCCAUAGACAUGCACACCUUAAUUCUUGACUGUGGGGCAAUGCAGUUCGUAGACAGUGUGGGUCUCUCUGUGCUGAAGGAGACACGUCGCGACUACGAGGAGGUCGGUGUCCGGGUGCUUCUGGCCAACUGCAACCCCUCCAUCCGCCGCCGGCUCCGUGAGGGAGGCUGGGCGGGCAGCACCUGCGGCGGGGGUCAGCUGGCUUUCCACAGCGUCCAUGACGCAGUGCAGUGUGCCGAGCGGGGGUACCAGGUGCAGCAGGAGGGGAGCAGGGAGAACAAGGACGCUCUCCUGGGCCCCGAAGACCUCAGCUUCCAGACAUCUUUGUAG